UUGUUUGUGACCAGGGGCGUGUUUAACAGCAGGAGGAAAGGCCAGUGAUCUCCAGCACCUCCUCCUGUUCCUCAAGUCAUGAUUGCGCUGCAGCGCGCGCUCGUGCGCACGACAGACGUUUUCUUAACAUCUUCGGAUGAGAGUUCCUACUACAUAAGAGUUCUUCAUCAGAGGGCCAGAUUUUUAUGUGGACAGGAGAUCCAGUCCUAAUCACCUCAUGUAAAGCCCACUAUGUCUGCCAUUGAUCCUUAUCAGUACAUCAUCGUAGAGCAGCAGUAUUCCCACAAAUUGAAAGUGAAAGUGCUUCGGGCAGAAAAUGUCACCAAAGGAGCUCUGGGUGAUUUGUUGGACACCCCAGACCCCUACGUGGAGCUGUUCAUUCCCACAGCUCCUGAGAGCAGGAAGAGGACACGACACAUCGAUAAUGACAUCAACCCGGAGUGGGACGAGAGCUUCGAGUUCAUCCUGGACCCAAACCAGCACAAUGUUCUGGAGCUGACGCUAAUGGACGCUAAUUAUGUAAUGGAUGAAACACUGGGCAUGACGUCAUAUCCCAUUUCCAACCUCAAAGUGGGACAGAAGGAAAUGGUGCCUUUUCUCAUUGGAAAAACCACCAAGGUGCAUUUAGAGCUUGGUCUGGAAGUUUGUUCAGCUAAUGACCUGCGCUUCAGUCUCGCUCUGUGUGACAAAGAGAAGCUGUACAGACAGAGGCGAAGAGAGCGGGUCAUGCUGGGCAUCAAGAAACUGCUGGACAUGGAGAAGCCUCAAUUCCUGCCCUCUAAUCCCCAGGAGGUACCUGUCAUAGCAGUGGUAGGAUCCGGUGGCGGGUUCAGGGCGAUGGUCGGCUUCUCAGGGGUCAUGAAGGCAUUGUACGAGUCGGGAGUUCUGGACUGCGCUACAUACAUCGCUGGCCUGUCUGGCUCUACAUGGUACAUGUCUACGCUGUACUCUCACCCGGAGUUCCCUAAGAAAGGCCCAGAGCAGAUAAACCAGGAGUUAAUGAAGAGCGUGAGCAGCAACCCUCUCCGCCUGCUCCUGCCGCAGCACAUCACAAACUAUGUCCAGGCUCUGUGGACCAAAAAGUCUGGUGGGCAGCCGGUCACCUUCGCAGACAUCUUUGGCAUGCUGAUCGGGGAAACACUUAUUCCUAAUCGGAUGGACAGUAAAUUGAGUGAAAUGCAGGAGAAAAUUAACGAAGCGCAGUCUCCGAUGCCACUGUUCACCUGCCUGCAUGUUAAACCAGAUGUGUCUGAGCUCAUGUUUGCUGAUUGGGUGGAGUUCAGUCCUUAUGAGAUUGGCAUGUCUAAAUACGGCACGUUCAUGUCUCCUGACCUUUUUGGCAACAAAUUCUUCAUGGGAACCGUGGUUAAGAAAUACGAGGAGAAUCCUCUGCACUUCCUAAUGGGUGUCUGGGGCAGUGCCUUCUCCAUUCUUUUUAACAGAGUACUGGGGGUAAAUGAUGUUCCUGGGGGCAGCACCAUGGAGGAGGAGCUGGAACAUAUAAAACCUGAGCAUAUUGUGGGAGAAGACAAUCUCGACAAUGAUGAAGAGCCACGCAAAGUGGACAACCAGAGCGACCAUCAGCAUGCUCAGGCCAGCUGGAUGCAGCGAAUGGUCACCUCGCUGUUCAGUGACUCCACUCUGUUUAACACACGUGAGGGCAGAGCAGGAAAAGUGCACAACUUCAUGCUGGGUCUCAACCUGAACACUAGCAUCCCGUUCUCACCCUUCAGUGACAUCCUGACCCAGAACGGUCCUGAGGAGGAGGUGGAUGCUGUAACUGAUCCCUAUGAGUUUGAUCGCAUCUAUGAGCCACUAGAUGUAAAGAGCAAGAAGAUCCAUGUUGUGGACAGUGGACUGACCUAUAAUCUGCCCUAUCCUUUGAUCCUGAGACCCCAGAGGGGCGUUGACCUCAUUAUCUCCUUUGACUUCUCGGCCCGGCCGAGUGACACCAGUCCUCCGUUCAAGGAGCUUUUGUUGGCUGAGAAAUGGGCACGAAUGAACAAGCUUCCAUUUCCCAGAAUUGAUCCCAAAGUGUUCGACCGGGAAGGAAUGAAAGAGUGCUACGUCUUUAAGCCCAGUAAAGGUGACAAGAACUGCCCCACUGUCAUUCAUUUUGUCUUAGUUAACCUGGACUUCAGGAAGUUCAAAGCCCCAGGAGUUCCUCGAGAGACUGAACAGGAAAAAGAGUUUGCUGACUUUGACAUCUUCGAUGACCCUGAAACACCAUAUUCCACCUUUAACUUCCAGUAUUCCAACAAGGCCUUCACUCAGCUGCAUGACCUCAUGGAGUUCAACACGCUUAACAACAUUGAGGUGAUCAAAGAGGCCAUGAAGGAGAGCAUCGUGUACAGGAAGGAGAAUCCGUCUCGCUGCGCUGUGUCCCUUUCUCUCAGUGAGAUACAGAACAAAAAGUUUUUGAAGAGAGAUCCCAGAGGGCUCGUGCACAACUGAGCUGAUUAUAAACUGAUCAAAGCUCUGAGUAGAGCUGAACUGCUCACAAAUUCUUAUUUCAUUUCAUUAUAUGAUUUUAAAUGACGGUAAUGAUCGAAGGCUGAUCCUGGAAAGAUUGUAAAUUCGUACCUGUGUAUAUCACUGUCUGACCACAUGUAGAGAAAUGGAAACUUUAAAUUCAAUUAAAUGAAUAUGACUUAUUCUGUUUUAUCACACAUUAUUUGGAGAUUUUUCUCUUUCUAAUCCCGUGUGCUUUUUUUUGCUUAACCCUAGUUCUAUCUGAACAUCGCUUAGUUCAGAGAUCUUUUAAUUUUAUUUUCCUCAGAUCUGUUUUUUCUGUCUUCGUAGCUCAUGCUCUUGCUCCAUCGAAUAUUUAUGUUAUUUAUGUUAUCAUCAAAUAUUUAUGUUAAUCAAACUUUUGCGAUAAAAUAAGCCACAUUGUAUACAUUGUAGAAUAUAAGAAUGUUGCCUACAUGAGCAAAAAUUGUGUACUACUUUUUGUGCCACAGUCUCACCAUCAGUGCAGCAGCACAGUGACGAUGUACAGCACAGAGAUUUAACUACAGUUUGCUUUGGAGAAGCUGCUGCUGCUUCCACUGAAUAAUAACUGGAGUGGUCAGUGAAAGUGUAACGUAACAGAACUGUCUGACUCUUCAUCUGGUGAUGAACAUAUACUAUAUGAUAUAAUAGGAUGUGAUAUUAUGAUGUGAUGUAAUAUAAAAUGAUAUUAUGUGAUGUGAUGUGAUAUAAUAUGAUGUGUGUCCAGUCCAGAGCCACAUAUGAAAAAUGGCAUAAAUCUGAAAACCUGCCAAAAAAAUCGACCAUAGUGUCACAUUCAGAUCAUUACGACUGUGUGGCUUAAAGCUUUAAUGGGAAUUGUUUUCAGUAUAAAUCUGUCUCUGUCUCUGCCUCUCUCACAGAACAGAUUUAUAGUGAAAACAAUAAGUCUAACAAUAAAAUUAAAGCACAGGGAAAGAGCAGUGGAGCAGAGUGACAUACAACAGGAUUACAGACUCGCCGGACGUCAGUGGCAUGUUGUGGAGUUUUACAUGAUUUCACGUGUAAAGUCGAGUAGAACUGCAACACAGAGAGGACUCUUUUUUUUCAAAAUAAUAUUAAUAAAGCCAUCAAAUCACACUCCUGUUGAAUAUUGAGUGGAUAAACCCUUCAGACACUCCACUGUAAUGUUCAACAUGAUUUACAGCAUUUUCUUCAUCAAAAAUGUUUUACAAUGAGAGACACUUUUCUGACCGAUUAAUGGAGCAUCCCAACAUCCAGUCCUCUCUGAAGGGAUAAUGAUUGUUUUCUUUUUAUGAAAAAAGCUAAAUUUUAAUAAUUUCUGUAUUUAUUAAAAAGAUCUUAUUGAG